AACCGCGCCUGGCAACGUCGCGUGGCUGGGUUGGGCGGAGUCAGCCGGCAUCAUUCGACCCGCCCUUUCGGCCGUUUGCUCGGGUUGGUUUUCUACGCGAGGCCGAGGCUAUGCGGCCUAGUCCGACGGGGCGAUGCUGAAGGUGAAGAUACUCUUCGUUGGCCCCAGCGAGGUGAGUGAGCGAAAGAGCGCCUGGGGUCCCUUUUGGAGGAAAAGAAAGCUCCCCACGGUCUUACAGUCGCCUCCCCAGCCCUUAAAAGCGCUGUGAACCAUAACCAUCAUGGGGCAAAGCUUCCUCUUGACUUUUUCAGAUUAGGACAAAUCCAGUAUUUUGUUUCCAGCAGAAUGCCUUUGGGAAGCAUAUAUACCCUGACGUGAUGGAGGCAGACUAUUCCUGGCUGUUUGCUUUGAGCACCUGGUUUUCUGGUACACUGCCUCUGAACAUGGAGGUUCUGUUAAAGGCCAGGGUAAUAACUGUUAAUAGAACUGCACAUAACCACGUUGUUUUUAGGGGUUUAGAGACAAAACCGUGGCAUAUCGGUGUCCCCGUCAACUCAUUAACAUCUAUUUAUUACUACGGUGUGCUCUCUGUGGCACUUCCUCUGUGUUUGUUCUGAAAGCUGCAGUUAGUUCAGGAUGCUGCCGCAGUGUUACUGGUACGAGCGAGACCAUGUCCGCAUAUAACACCUGUGCGGGUUAUCAAUUUGCUACUGCGCAUAUCUCAAGGUGUUACUAUUACUAUAUAAAGCCCUAAACAGCUUGGGACUGGUUUACCUGCAAUACCGCCUUUCCUCAUAUAUGCCCGCUUCAGUCUGUGGAACUAGCACUGUUACAGGUGCUGCCUAAUACUCCUUCUGCAUUUAUAAUAAAUUUAUAUUUUAGCGUGGCAGUUCUUGCACUUUGGAACUCCUGGCUUACUGACAUCAGGCAGGUGCCUUCACUGUACUCUUUUCAGCACCUGCUAAAAGCAUUCUUGUUUAGACGAGUUCCCCAAAAUUGUAGAAUGUUUGCGUGUGUUUUGAUCUGUUUUAGGUUAUCACUGAUUUUAGUUAUUAUUUGAAUGUUUUACAGAGUUGUUUUGAAUUGUUUUACUGCAAAGUUAAUUGUAUUAUUCUUUCUGUAAACUGCUUUGAGGUUUUGUUUUACAAUCGAGUGCUAUAUAAAUUUUAUGAAAUAACAAAUAAAAAAACGAUCUUAACAUUUGGGGAGGAUCGUAGCUUAGGGGUCAGAAAACAUACUUUGCAUGCAAAAGAUCCCUGGUUCAGUUUCUGUCACCUCCAGGUAGGAUUGAAAGAGACCCCUUUCAGAGACCCUGGAGAGCUACUGCCAGUCAGUGCAGACAAUACUGAGCUAGAUGGACCAAUGGUCUGACUUGGUAGCAGGAAGCUUCCUAUUUUCUAUUGCUAAUCUUGCUUCUGUAUUCACUUGUGAUAGGCUGGAAAGUCUGUCUUGGCAAACUUCUUGUCAGAGAGCACCGAAGGCAUUGGUAGUUACCUCCCAACACAUGCAGUAAGGUGAGUUUCAAGCAGGUAGAGUGGAACUGCUAGCAAAACAUGGAUUCCCCCCCUCCAUACAACAGGGGGCAGAACUGGUACCCUCUGGAAGUUGCUGGACUACAGCCCCCAUCAUCCCUGACUGCUGGCUGUGCUAGCUGAGGCUGAUGGGAGUUGGAGUCCAGCAUCUGGAGGUUCACAAGAAGUUCUCCAUCCUUGCAAAACAGCAUGGUUGCAAAAUCUACAAGAUUUCCUUGACAUCAACUUCUUGGUUUUAUCUUCAUAUCUAACCAACCAGGCCUUCUUCAAGUGAUGAAGUGUUGGUAUUUGUUACACAGUUCAGUAUGUGUGGAUUACUAGUAAAGUCUUAAAAUGGUACAUGAAAUGGGGGAAGGGGGAAUGCCUCAUAACAGUGGGCAGCUGCUCCAGUGCCAAGCAAGCCAAAUGCAGAGGCUGGAUGGAAUUUGGGGCUGUGAGAUUUUUUACUUUAAUAAUUUUUUUUUAACAUGCCUUUCAAGGCACAGUGCUUACAAAGGUGGCUUACAAAGCUAAAAGCACAUUCCUAACUAAAUAUGUCCCCUCACAAGUAAGUUCUGUUGAAUUUAAUGGGACUUGUUCCCAGGUGAGUGGGGAUGGGUUUCAUCUUUAGACACACGAAAAUACAAUUACGAAACACGCACACAGCAUGGGUAACUAAGAACUGACAUUGGAAAAAGGGAUCAGCAAAUAUGGAUGGGAGCUCUGUCCUUCAGGUAGGCCCAAAGAAUGCCAGCCUUAUUGAUUUGUAUAAAAUAUGUAUUUUUAAAUUCUAGGAUCCUAGAAUACGAGAUGCCAAAUUUCGGUGGAAAUGGCAAAGGAGCAGGGUGUCGGUUUGAACUGUGGGAUUGUGGAGGAGAUCAAAAGUAAGUGGAUCACUUACGUAUCCUGCCAACUUUCUCAGAGUAAGUUGGUGUAAUUCAAACGCUACACCAAGCCUUAGUUAAGGAAGGGGAGGGGAGGCUAUUCACGAGAAGUUGGGGCAAAGCCCUACCAUUAUUUUUGAUCAUUUAAGAAGCAGAGGGUAUUCUGGGCAUGUUGGAAACAUGCACUUGUGUAAGGGGCAUUCUAGUUUGUGGUUGGUGAACCCCUUUCUAAAAAAUGAAAUGCCAGACAAGGCACAGAUUUGGUGGCCUGCUUGCACAAUGGAACUUCUCUUCUCUGUGCAUUCCUUGUAUUGCCCCUAAAUAUAUUCUGCAGGGUUGGAAGAAGAGGCGUAGGAGAAGAGUCGGUGGAAGAAGAUUGGAAAAGAUUUAAAGUAUACUUACAGAAACAUUGUAAAAUUAAUGAGUGUUAGAAGGAUGCUGGAAUGAAACUAUAUGGUUUUAGUAGAAAUGCAACAAAGAAUUAAGUAAAAGUUGAUUGAUAACGGGUUAAAAUGAAAAAAUUUAAGGUUAGACAGUCAAGAUAAAUUAUAGAAUAAAAACUGAGAAAGAUGGGAAGAAUUUGCUGAAAUAGUGAAUUGAACUAGAAUACAAAAAAAAAGGGAGGUGUGAGGAGGUCGAUGAAACAAGUAAAGGAAAGGUAAAGAUAUGGAAUAUUGGAUGUGUGUUUUAGUUUUCUCUUUGUUUCUUUUUGCUGUAUUGUUGUAUUGCUUUUCUAUGUUUUUUUUUCUUUUUCUUUUUUAUUGUUGUCUUUUUCUUUUUUUUGGUAACUAUUUAAACUUUUAAUAAAUAUCAUUUUUUUUAAAAAAAAAAAGGAAGAAGAGGCGUAGGGACAUGCAGCGGGAGCAGGGGAAAGGGAAUUUCCAUUGUGCAGGCGGAAAUCAUUCUGCUUACAAUAAUUUCUUAGUUGGAUACAGCCCAGUAUGUGCAAAGCAGCUGCAGAAUCUCAACUGAGAUUUUUUUAAAGCAAAAAAAUGAUAAAGGUAGGUAAGAACCUACAAAGAGCCCUACUAGAUUGGGCUAAUGGCCCAUCUAGUCCUGCAUGUUGUUCUCGCAUUGGCCACUCAGGUGCCUGUAGGAAACCUGCAAGCAGGACUUGAGCACAAGAGCACUCUCCUCUCCUCUCCCUUUGUUUCCAGCAACUGGUAUUCAGAAGCUUUGCUGCCUCUGACUAUGGAGGCAGAGCAGAACCAUCAUGGCUAGUAGGAAUUGAUAGUCUCAUCCUCCAAGAAUUAGUCCAAUUCUCUUUUCAAGCCAUCCAAGUUGGUGGCCGUCAUUGCCUCCUGGGAGAGAAAGUUCCACAAUUUGCUGCAUGAAGAAGUACUUUCCUUUUUUUCUGUCCUGAAAAAAUCUUCCAACUUUUGGCUUCAUUGGAUGUCCAUGAAUUCUAGGGUAAUGAGAGGAGAAAAAAUUCUCUCUAUUCACUUUCUCCAUGCCAUGUAUAAUUUUAUUAACUUCUAUCGUAUCAUCUCUUUCUCAUCGUUUCUCUAAACUAAAACGCCCCAAGCACUGCAAGCUUUCCUGAUGGGGAGUCGUUCCACCCCCUUGAUCAUUUUGGUGGCCCUUCUCUGAACCUUUUCCAACUUUACAAUAUCCUUUUUGAGGUGAGGCGACCAGAACUGUACACAGGUGAUGCCAGCCGUGCUGUUUCUCUGUUGCGCUUCCAGAUUCGAGACUUGCUGGCCAGCACUGAUGAAAGAUUCCCAUGGGGUCGUCAUUGUUUUCAACCAAGAUUCGCCCACCCAUUUGAAGGAGAUUGAAAUGUGGCACUCCUGUUUUGUGCAACAGCAGCAGCUGCUGGAGAGCCAGUGCCUGCUCAUUUCGCAUCACAAGCCAGGCAAUGCAAUGGACCCGGAGAAUCUCACCUUGCGUAAGACCCUGAUGCCUUGCUUUCCUGGCUCUAACCUAUAUUUGGUGUUAUGUCAGAAUUGCCAAUAAUUUUAAUGGUUUGCUUCUUAAACUUCAAAGCUCCACCGCUGAACAGGCUGCAGGUGGUCCACUCUAGCCUCGAAGAAGAUCCUGAAGAUUUCCGGAUGGAAUUUGUGAAGUACCUCAAGGGCAUCACCAAGUUGGUGAAUGAGAACCGAGACAGAGAGGAGAUGCUGCUGAUCACUUAAAAGCAGGAGGAACGCUGCUGCAAAGAAAAUAAAAGAAAUACCCACUUAAACACACACACGCAUACACUCCUGGUCUUUUACUUUCUACCUAACCCAUUAAAAAAAAAAAAAGAAUUUGGAUUCCUCGGGUUUACACUUUAAGAAGCAGUUUUACAGCAGUGGAAGUGGCAUGUAGUGUAGUGGUUUGAGUGUCGGAUUAGAUCCUGGGAGACCAGGGUGCCAAGCCCCACUCCGCAUGAAGCUCACUGGGUGACCUAAGGACAAUCACUCUCAGCCUAACCUGCCUCAUAAGGUCGUUGUGAGGAUUCAGUGAGGAGUGGGAGAACUGUGUAUGCCACCUUGAGCUCCUUGGAGAAAAGAGUGGGAUAUAAAUGCAAUAAAUAAAAUAGAAGUUCUUAGCUUAAUCAGGGAUGAGAAACCCUUUUCAGCCCACAUUCACUUCAAGGGAUCUCAUGCCAGUGGCGAGCAGGGCCAGAGGCAACAGUGGGUGAAGCAAUGAAUGUAAAUUUUAACUUUGUACAGCAGGCUGGUCUAUAAGCACACAUACGCCUUUUCCCAGCAUGUCUUAUCUCAGACCAAGGACACAUUCUAGCCCAACAAAAACAUGGAGAGUACAAAGCAGGGUUUGUGAGGGUGUAGCUGGGAAGGGGGAGUAACCUGAGGAGCGUCCCAAGGGCCAGACAGAGCAGCUUAAAGGGCGACAUGUGGCCACCAGGUCUGAGGUUCAAAAGACACUGUUUUUUUGUCUUGGUCUUUCAGAUUGCAGGCACCAGAGCACUGGACCAAGUGCUGUUCGUUUUUUGGUCUCACACUCAUCAGCUAGCUCUCACAAGAGCUUGGGACCAAAAGAUGCUUGUUUUUGUUCUCACACUCUCGCAUAACACAGCUGGCUUGUGCCAGAGUACUGGACCAAAAGAUGCUUGUUUUUUGGUCUUGUGCAAAACAGCUGACUCCCGUGAGAGCUCAGAUCCAAAAAAACAAGCAUUCCAAUUUUGAUCAGUGGGAUGUUGGAGGGGUAUGGGUGACUAACAGGCUAAGCUGGCUACACCUUGGUUUGUUUGUUCCUGCAUGAGUGGGUUAUGUCCACCAGUGCCUAGUUUGUGCACACCACAGUUUAUUAAGCAAAGUAUGGCUUACUAUUAAGGAUAAAAGUGGCUGCUGUGCUGCACUGUGGGAAAAGAUGAUUCAAGGAAACCAUGGCCCAUGGAACAUCAAGGGCCUUUUCUUGUGCAAUGAUGGUGCGCCAGACUGUAAGUUAACUCCCAACUCUUCAAUUCUAUGAUUCCUUCUGCUUGCAUCUGUAUUUCCCACAGUGAACAAAAAGGGGAAGAACUUGGUAGGCUUUGAGAAUGCCACAUAAGACACAAAGAUCUGUAAUGCACACCAUCACUUCCCCUUUCCCCAAAAAUAGAGCUGAUCUGUAAAUCAUAUGGAUGCCUACCCCUUUGCUGAGCAAUUCCAUAUUUUACGAGGGAGUCAAAUUCUAACAAUUUUGGUCCCAGUUCAUGUUCAACUACAGCUGAAGUUUGUUCUGGUUUCUUGUUUAUGUCCAUAAAAGUUUUGUAACCAGUUCACACAAUAAAAUUUAAAAUAAAGAGGCA